AUGAUAAAAUAAUAAAAUGAAACAGAGGUAACUUAAACUUAAUAAAUUAAGAUGCCAAAUAGAUAUGAAUUGAUUGAUCAAUUUAAAAUAAAAUUGCACUAGCGGUGUGGAGCAAUUGCAAUUAGCUCUGAUAAUAAUUUAGUGGUUAUUGGUUGUAAAAGUAAAUUAAGAAUCUAUUAAUUUUAAUAGUAGAUGCUGAAAUUAUUAUAAACCCUUUAUUCACAUACUCUAGAUGUAAAUACAUUAAACUUUUUUCAAAAUUUGAGCAAUAUGGUAUCUGGAAGUGAAGAUAAAUAGAUUAUUCUUUGGCCCUUGAUUAAUGGAAAUUCAAAUAAAUAUAUAAACAAAUAUAAAGGAAAAAAUAGUCAAAUCUUGUGUGUCGUUUUGAAUGAACGAGAAGAUCAACUCAUCUCUGGAAGUAAUAUUAUCUAAAUUUGGAAGCUUCAGAAUGGUUGGUCUUGCAUAUAGACCAUAUCUGAACAUAAAGAUUUUGUUUGGGCAUUAAGUAUAAAUGAAUAUGGCAAUUAACUUCUUUCAUCAGGGUAUGAUAAAUUAUUACUUAUAUUUAAAUUGAAAAAGGACUCUAGCCUAAAUAUUUAGUGGGUUUUGAUUUAGAAAAUGGAAGGUGAUGGUAUAAGGUUAUGCUGGAUAAACAACUCACUCUUUACUUUUUAACCAUAUUGCAAAGAAUAAUUGAUUUUAUUCUAGAAAUAUAAUACUUCUCAGCUUUUUAGAAAAAUAAAAAGCAUUUAAGUAAAAAAGGAUUCCACAUUAUGUUGUGGAUUUUUCUAAUAAAAAUACAUAAAAGAGAAAAAUAUACUAGUGAAUAAGAAUGGAAGAAUUGUGAAUAUUUUAUCAAAAUUGGAAAAUGAUGAUUUUAUUUUAAAAUAGUCAAUCUAAUUUAAUGAUUAUUAAAUCCAGGGGUGUUUAAGUAAUGAUGCAAAGUAUUUAAUAACUUGGGAUGGAGGUAAAAAUGGAUCAUUCGAAAUUUAAAUUAGAAGGUAUUAAGAACAAUGA